AUGGGUGACUGCUGCUGCAAGAACAGAGAGCCAGAUGUGUUUGCAUAUACACCAUCAUCUACUCAGAACACUGUGCAACCUGAAUAUCGGCAAAGACCAACAAAAGUGGAUCCAAGUCUCGUAGACCAGCUAGUUCUUGAAAUGUUGACUGAGGCAGCUUCUAGGGUAGACAUUGAUGAAGAAUCGCCAGUGUCCCUUGUGAAGCUGCAUCUAAUAGCUGAUAAGGAGGAGGGUUGGCUACAAAUGAUAACAUCUAUGGUUAAUGUAAUUCCAAUUGAGAACCCGUUUGGACCUACAGCUAUGUCAGUGUUACUUGAUGCUUGCCCUUUGCCGUCUCGAGAAACUGUUAUAAAAAUUACCGACAUCUUUGGCUUAUCUGCAGAAAGGGCUGAGCUAGGUGAAAAAAAUGUGAGGGUGGAUAGAAAUAUAUGCAUUGUACUUGGAUCGCUUGCGGAGAAGCUCGUGGGACCUAACAGUAUAGCCAUGCUUACUGAACGAACUCUGGAUUACCUCUACACGUUUCUGGUCAAUCAAAGGGAAGCCUGCCUCUGCCUAUUCUCAUUAAUCACACUAGAAAAAUUUGCACACACAAUGGAGAACAAAAUAGUUAUUAAGAAUAGAUUAGAGAAGGACGAUGAGAAUCCCCUGCUGCGUCUAGAGAAAUUAGCAGAUAGCGAGGACUAUACGUGGAGACAAGUAGGCUUCUGCGCUAAUUGGGCUCUUGAUAACUUAUUCAUGGUGGAAGGCCGGAAGCUGUCCUACGAAAUGGUGGACAUGAGUGAUAUAAACGCAAUACUGAACUGUCAAGAUGUAAGCGAGUACUUGCAGAUAUCUCCCAAUGGUUUGGAGGCCCGUUGCGACUCUUAUUCGUUUGAGAGUGUAAGGUGCACCUUCCAAGUGGACGAUGGUUGUUGGUACUACGAGGCGACUAUUGUCACACCCGGUGUUAUGCAGAUAGGAUGGGCCACUAAAAACAGUCACUUUUUGAGUGAUGAAGGCUUUGGUAUUGGCGACGACUUGUACUCCAUAUCGUAUGAUGGUUGUCGCGAGCUCGUUUGGUACAACGCGAAACCAACUUCGAUAACCGCAGUGAAGCCGUGGCAGCCAGGUGAUGUGCUGGGCUGCCUCAUCGACUUAACAGCAAGAGAAGUCAUCUUCUCUAUGAACGGAAAGAGACUACCCACCUAUAACGAAAUAUUUGACGCUACAAAAUAUGGCUUCUUUGCGGCGGCCAGUUUUAUGGCGUACCAGCAAUGUCGUUUCAACUUUGGGCGGGAACCAUUCAAAUACGCGCCGGAAGACAGAUUGUAUGCAACCUUCAAUGACUUCGGAAUCCUCACCGAUGAACAAAAGAAGGUGAUGCCCAGGCGUCUAUAUUUAGAACAGUUACGCCAUUCGAGUGUGAAGGAAGACUCAUGUACGCUGUGCUUCGACGAUACGGCCUGUUGCAUAUUGGAGCCGUGUGGUCAUAGAGGUUUCUGCUCGGUCUGCACGUCGAUGCUCCGCGAAUGUCCGAUGUGCCGCGGUGAGAUCCUGAACAUCAAACGAGAGGACAUUUGA